AUGGCAAAAAAGAAAGCAUUCACUCCCCUUCUAUAUCUUGCAUCUAUAGUAUUUUUGCCCUGGUGGAUCUCUCUCUCAUUUAAUAAAAGUCUGAAAUCUUGGAUUACUAAUUGGUGGGAUACUAGGCAAUCCGAAACUUUUUUGAAUGAUAUUCAAGAAAAGAGUAUUCUAGAACAAUUCAUAGAAGUAGAGGAACUCUUCCUGUUGGACGAAAUGAUAAAAGAAUACCCGGAAACACAUCUACAAAAGCUUCGUAUAGGAAUCCAAAAAGAAACGAUCCAAUUGAUCAAGCUGCACAAUGAGGAUCAUAUCCAUACGAUUUUGCACUUCUCGACCAAUCUAAUCUGUUUCGUUAUUCUAAGUGGUUAUUCUAUUUUGGGGAAUGAAGAACUUCUUAUUCUUAACUCUUGGGUUCAAGAAUUCCUAUAUAAUUUAAGCGACACAAUAAGCUUUUCUAUUCUUUUAUUAACAGAUUUAUGUAUAGGAUUUCAUUCGCCCCACGGUUGGGAACUAAUGAUUGGCUCUAUAUACAAAGAUUUUGGAUUUGCUCAUAAUGAUCAAAUUAUAUCUGGUCUUGUUUCUACCUUUCCAGUCAUUCUAGAUACAAUUUUUAAAUAUUGGAUCUUUCGUUAUUUAAAUCGUGUAUCUCCGUCACUUGUAGUUAUUUAUCAUUCAAUGAAUGACUGAAAAAUGAU